AUGAAAAACCUCCAUUGUUGUACCUUCAUCAUCGUCUUCUCUCUCUUCUUCCCGUUUUUCUCUGUAGCUAUCGACACCAUCUCGCCGACCAAACCCCUCGCUGGAAAUCAAACUCUGGUCUCUAAUGGUGAAGUUUUCGAGAUGGGUUUCUUCAAUCGAGGCAACGGUAAUUUGUAUUUAGGAAUUUGGUACAAAAAUGUCGAGAUGAAAGAGUACGUUUGGGUAGCAAAUAGAGACGCCCCCAUUAAUUCAUCGGCCGGAAAAUUAACAAUCGAGGAGAAUGGAAAGUUGGUCGUUGUGGAUCAGAGUGAAACCGCCGUCUGGUGGACUAACCAAUCGGCACCGGCGGUGGAGAACAUGGUGGGACAGCUGCUCGACAACGGAAACUUUGUUGUUCGCCGUGAAAAUGAUGACGACGAGAAGAAUUACAUCUGGCAGAGCUUUGAUUUUCCGACGGAUACUUUGUUGCCGGAGAUGAAAAUCGGGUGGAGCCGGAGAACCGGAGUGAACCGGUUUUUACAGUCGUGGAAGACCGCCACCGAUCCGGGUUCCGGCGAGUAUUCUUUCAAAAUGAAUACCGAUGGGUUCCCGGAGGUUUUUUUGUUGAGUAUGGAAACUCCGACUUACCGGAGCGGGCCGUGGAACGGGAGAAGGUUUAGCGGUGUACCGGAGAUGGUAACGGCGAACUUAAUCGAGUUCGAAUUCGAAAACAAUUCCGAGGAGAUUACAUACUCAUUCGAAAUGCGAAACACUUCCGUUUAUUCCCGAUUGAUUAUGAAUUCUUCGGGAUUGCUUCAACGAUUCACGUGGGUAGAAACAUCGAAAACGUGGAGCAAUUACUGGUUCGCUCCACGCGAUCAAUGCGAUUACUACGGCGAAUGUGGGCCGUUCGGCAUUUGCGAUUCGAACCUGUCUCCAGUUUGCAAAUGUCCGAAGGGAUUCCGGCCAAAAAACCAGCAAGCGUGGGAUUUACGAGAUGGGUCGGGCGGGUGUGUUCGGAGCUCCGAAUUGGAUUGCGGGUCGGACGGAUUUCUGCCAUUGAAGAACAUGAAAUUGCCGGUAAGCUCGAAAGCGUUCGUCGAUCGGAGUAUGAAUUUGAGCCGGUGUGAAGAGAUUUGUAAACGGAAUUGUGCUUGUGCUGCUUAUGCUAAUAUGGAUAUCACUUCCGGCGGGUCGGGUUGUGUGAUUUGGGCCGUGGAUCUUUUCGAUAUGAGACAAUAUGCUGACACCGAAAAUGGUGGUCAAGAUCUUUACGUUAGAGUUGCAGCUUCUGAUUUGGACAAACCAUCGACGGCCGGAUCUUCAAAGUCCGGCUCUGACAACAAUGUUGCCAUGAUUGUCGGCAUUACAGUCGGAGCUUGUGCAGUGUUGAUAAUUCUACUGAUACUCGUUUAUCUGAGGAGGAAGAAAUUGCGACGAUUGAAUAAUUCAAAGAUAGAUAAAAGAGGUCCACUUGAAAGAAGUCAAGAUUUCUUGAUGAAUGAGGGGAUUAUUUUGUCAAGUAAAAAAGAUUAUUCGGGUGAAACGACGACGGAUGAGCUCGAGUUACCCUUAUUCGAGUUUACGACUCUCGUUAUGGCCACAAACAACUUCUCUGAUGCAAAUAAGCUCGGGCAAGGUGGGUUUGGAUGUGUUUACAAGGGUAAGUUGAUGGAAGGUGAAGUUGUAGCUAUAAAAAGGCUCUCACGAACAUCGGGUCAAGGGAUCGAAGAACUUAAAAACGAGGUUCGAUUAAUCGCGAAACUUCAACACAGAAACCUCGUUCGACUACUCGGUUGUUGCAUUGAGGUCGAAGAAAAGUUGUUGAUAUACGAGUAUAUGGAAAACAAAAGUCUCAAUACGUUUCUUUUCAAUAAAGAGAAAAGCCCGCUACUUAAUUGGCAAAGACGAUUCGAUAUCAUAUCUGGGAUCGCUCGAGGACUUCUUUAUCUUCAUCAAGAUUCGAGGUUUAGAAUCAUUCAUCGAGAUCUUAAAGCAAGUAAUAUUUUGUUAGAUAGGGAAAUGAACCCAAAGAUAUCAGAUUUUGGUAUGGCGCGGAUUUUUGGGAGCGAUCAAACCGAAGCAGAAACAAAGAAAGUAGUUGGAACACAUGGUUAUAUGUCACCCGAAUAUGCAAUGGAUGGACUCUUCUCGAUAAAAUCAGAUGUCUUUAGUUUUGGGGUUUUGGUGCUCGAGAUAGUGAGCGGUAAAAAGAACAGAGGAUUCUACUAUGCGGAUAACCAACUUAACCUCCUCGGACAUACAUGGAAGCUAUGGAACGAAGGGAGGGGUUUAGAACUGCUUGAUGAAUCCGUAGGUGCAAAAUUUUCGAAAGAUGAAGUAUUAAGAUGCAUACAGAUCGGAUUGUUGUGUAUUCAAGAACAAGCAGACGACCGACCUAAUAUGUCGAAAGUGUUGUUAAUGUUGAGCAGUGAAGUCGUACAACUGGCACAGCCGAAAUACCCUGGAUUCUGUCUCGGAAAGCGGCAUUUCGAAGCCGAGUCAUCGAGCAAGCAAGAUGAAUCCAUGACCGUGAAUGAAAUCACGGUCACUAUACUUGAUGGCCGGUAGCCCAAACCACG